AUGGAGAGCUUCCUGAGCGACACGGGUGCGGACAAGAACAACGAGGACCAGGCGCAUGUGGCCUUCUUCACGCGUUUCCCGCACCUGCGCGAGUUCUUCUGCGGAGGAUCGGCGGCCGCCAUUAACGUCGUCGUGACCUUCCCACCCAACAAGAUCAUGUUCCGGCAGCAGUUAUUUGGGCUAAACACAUGGCAAGCCUUUGAGAACGUGCGCAGCGAGGGUUGGCUCAUGCUGUAUCGUGGUGUGAAGCCCCCGCUACUGCAAGCCAUGGUGUCUAAGAGCAUUAUGUUUGGGCUGUACAAUUUCUACGAUGAGCUGCUGUUGCAGAGCUUUGGAGAGCACAAGGGACUGAGUUUGGUGGCAGCAGGCUUAGCUGGCACAUCGGAGGCGGUCUUGGCUCCAUUUGAGAGGGCACAGACGUUACUACAGACACCAAAGUUUAAUCGGGAGAUCGCAGGCGCGUACGAUGCCAUGGUCCAUGUGAACAAGUACGGAGUGAGAGAGCACUACCGAGGCCUCUCUGCUAUUCUGUGUCGCAAUGGACCAGGGAAUAUUCUGUUCUUUGGUCUCAGAGGGCCAGUAAGAGAGCUGUUACCACGAGGAGAGACAUCGGUGGCCACGAUGACGAAUGAUUUUAUCUGUGGCGCGAUGCUCGGCGCAGUGAUCAGCACCUUCACAUUUCCCAUUAACGUGGCACGGACACGUAUGCAGAGUGUGUACGGACAACCGUUUAUUGGUCCAUGGGAGGCAUUGCAGCUAACAUACAAAGAGCGUGGACACAGCGUGAGACGGCUGUAUCGUGGCGUGCAGAUGAAUUUCUUCCGAUCGCUCAUGUCGUGGGGUAUUAUCAAUUCUACGUAUGAAAAGCUGAAGUCAAUCACGUGA